AUGCUGGUUCAAAAUCCUACUUUACCAUGGUUUGCAGUCACUGGUGAUUAUUGUCCAUCCUCUUCUACUCAAUCUGCUCAAACCCAACAUUUCGCACAAGUUUUUGGAUUGUCUGUGCCAAUCAGAAGAGUACUGAGUCCCAAACAGUCACUAACCCACUCUCAUUUUGCAUUAUUUCCAACUUGUCAAAGUGUUGACACUCAAAGUCGUCAUCAAUUGAGCUCUGGAGAUCACUGUUCAAAUAUCAUUACACCUGUAAUCGUCACUAUGCCUCGUCACUCACGUUCAAAUGGAAACCAGGAUAUAGAUCUACCAGUUUUCACAGAACCACUUGGUCCAAUUGCAACUGGAUGUAAACGUGAUGCUUCUGCACUGUCAGCAAAUUGUACUAUCCCCCCUAUUACGACAACAGCUAACAUCCCAUUGGAUACUAACGAUCAGUGCACUAUUUAUCUCCCACCAAAACCUAAAGAAUCGGAGAGAAUGAUGCAUAUUCAACGGUGGGUGAAUCAUCUUCCUUGGAAUCUAAAUAAUGUGUGCGAUGCCUCUGGUCGGUCUCAUGUACCCUAUCCCAUUCCUGUUCGUUCUCACAUAGACGAUGAUCGUGAAUUAACUCCCCCUCCUGGUCGAACUUACUUAACUAGAUUACCAUUUACACCCGAAGAACAACAAGCCAUGGUCCGAUUCUUUCCUUCCCAUACAAGUCAGUUUCGGCACCAGCAUCAGGCACACGCUAUUCCGGAUCCCCAACCUAGGUAUCAUACCUUCCCGAAUCAUUGUCCGAAUCAACAAACAUCCAAUAAUCAUCAAUUUUCUUCAUCCCAGAGACCUAGUCAAGAAGCCUGUAAUGUCUUUCCUUCCGUUAGAAAUAUUCCUGAGUAUGUCAAUGAGAAUAACCGAAAACGUGGACAAGAAGAUAUCGGAGGUAGUCGGUUAUUUGCAGAUUGGGAGACCAGACUAAUUAGCCGACUUUUUAAAGAGUUCUUCCAUGGAAAUCCUAAACCUAAUGGUGUAUGCGGUACACUGCCUUCUCUUAGUGAAGUUCGAUCUCGUAUAGCUUCUUCACGAUUGAAAGAAACAAGAACAGCUACAGCUGUCAGAUCCAAAAUUCGUCGAAUGCAAUCAUCCGGUACAUGGUUAAAGUAUCAAUGAUAACUGUAUUUUCC